CAGCAGCAGCAGCAGCAGCAACGCAGCAGCGUCUGGGAUGAGGCCAUCAAAUUCAGCACCAAGACCAAAGACUCCUGUACCAUGGUAGUUUCUGGAGCCGGGGACUAUACUCGCCUGCGUGUCUCCUGCAAAGGUCCCAGCCAGGGCCAGACCCAAGGACGCUCCUACUACUGUGACUUCCAGGGCAAACCCAACCUGUGCCGCGCCUACAACCUCAACCCUCGCCACUACUUCACCCAGAUGAUGUGGGACAUGAGGAAGCUGAGCCACGCCUGCCAGGGACCCAAAGUCUACCGCCCAGCGAUGUGCAAGAAAUACCCCGACGAGGCCCAGAUGACCUUCCUGGCCUCCUGGCCCAAGGCCACCACCCCUAAGCCCUCCAAGCCUGUCCAGGAGCCGCGCAAACCAGUGGUGCCGGCCCAGAACAAGCCUGUCACUACUCCUAAACCUGUCAAGCCCCAGCAGCAGCCAGUCAAGCCCCAGCCAGGCAAGGGCCCCCAGAUCAAGAAAGCCACCCCCAAGCCUGGGAAGACCACUAUUCGUCCCACAGAGCUGACUGACUCCAAAGCCUCCCGCAUCGCCUCUGAGUACUGCUGGAAGAGCUUCCACGGCGUCUGCUCCUACUUCAUCAGCUGGUUCCAAAACUGA